AUGUCAGACUCACAUCACGAAAGCAGCACGAAGAAUUUCUCUGAGGAGGAAAUAGUUGACGAGGAAAGUGUGAUCCUGACAUUGGUUCCAUUUGACGAAUCAAAUACAGAACAACGGUUAGAAUCCACAGUUUCUUCAACUUCUGAUGUAAAAUCGAACAAGCCUGGGAAACACUGUGAAGUUCAUCUACCUCCAACAAAUGAACAAUUCGAAGCUCCCCCAAAAACUAGACGUAAAGCACCAAUUCUUCCUUUGCCAACCAUUUUGCCUUCCAUUAAUAGUGUACGGAGAGACACUUUACGGAACUGGUGCCAACAGCUCAAUUUGAGUACUGAUGGGAAGAAAAUAGAAGUUUUUUGGAGGCUUCAGCAGCAUGCAUACCCAGAGCAGAAAUAUGAUAUUCCUAAAACAUCAAAGGAGGCCAGAUUACAGCCAUGUUCAAGGACACACAAGACAGUGACUAAGAGAGCAAAGCUUAAGGGAUGUUGCAGGAUGAGUGAGAGACCAGAACAGACUAAUGCUGCUGAAGUGAUAUCGUCACCUCAGCAAUCUUCCUUGGCAUCAUGGGGAAGGAUUGCUGCAAAAGCUGUGCAGCCUAAGGCUGCAAAUUCAUGUUCUAUUCCCGCUUCUGCUGAGGCUUUUUUGACACAAGCCUUUGGCGUCAGGUGGUGUGUGGUCCAUGGGGAACCUCUCCCGGCGGACACAAAGGGUUGGGUUCGCCUGCAGUUUCAUGCGGGUCAGACCUGGGUGCCUACCACGCCCAGGAAGAUGAUUUCUCUCUUCCUGUUACCAGCCUGCCAUUUCCCAUCUCCGGGCCUGGAAGAUAAUAUGUUAUGCCCUGACUGUGUGAAGAGAAAUAAGAAGAUAAUGAAAGCAUUAAUGAUGACGGAGAAGAAAAAACAAACUGGGUUGAAGGCAAUGUAG